AUGUUCGGCCCCCAGGUCGAUCUCCCACCGGCCCAAAAUCGCAUCCAUCUGACACCACCAAGUCCAAGUGACGCCGGCGUACCAUCUACUACCUUCCAUGGAUAUGAGAAAGAAUCACGACCGAGCACACCUACGCAAAGAGAGACAUUCAAUGACAAAUAUGUCGUGCUGUACGAUUUUGGGGGCAUAGAUUACGAUGUGGCAGGCAAAGAGCUAAAUUCUUUGCUUGAUAACUUGGAAGCAGCCGGGCUGCACACAGAGGUUCGGCCUGGCUACGAGCAGACCAUUCUCGUUUUCGUCAAGGCGCCAUCUCAAUUGCUGGGAAAUACUGUUUACAAACAAAGGGUAAAGGACUGGUUGUACGCCAUCACCCAAUGCCACCCCGGUGGAGAUAAAGACACCAUUGUGAAAGCCUGGUUCGAAGCUGAAGAUGUUUUGGCCCUGUACCACCUCAUACUGUGGCCGAAAGAAAUGGGCGGUGCAGGAAUCACUCCUGAGGUAGGCGAAUGGGAGAAUGUCAAGUGCAUUUUCCCUCUGCACAACGAACCCAUGAACCAGUCUAUACUCCGCCACUUGAGCAAGCGCAUCAUCUUGACUGUACAUGACUUUGACAAAAUUCGGGACCUGCAUGGCUCCAAAGUUGCAUUUUACUUUGCCUUUAUACAAACAUAUCUCAUGUUUUUGACAUUUCCCGCAAUUACCGGCCUACUCACCUGGCAAUUCCUCCCAAAGUAUUCUCUUGCAUAUGCCAUCCUGACUGGUGUAUGGUGUACCGUCUUCCUAGAGUACUGGAAGAUUCGGGAGGUUGACCUCAGCAUACGCUGGAUGGUACGAGGUGUUAACAAGGUCAAGAUCAACCGACCGGCGUUCAAAUACGACCGGAUUGUUGUUGACGAUAAUGGCCGGACGAGACAUUACUUCCCUAAAUGGAAGCAGAUUUCUCGACAAUUGCUUCAGAUUCCCUUCAUCGCCAUGGCCACAAUUGCCUUGGGGCUUAUGAUCUGCUCCGUGUUUGUUAUCGAAGUUUUAAUCUGCGAGACUUACGAAGGUCCUCACCAACUUUAUCUGGAAUAUCUCCCUACGAUACUGCUGGCAGUUGCCAUUCCCCGAAUUUCUUCGUCUCUUGAGGGCAUUGCGACCUCCUUGACUGAAUACGAAAAUCACAGAACCGCAGACGAACAUGAAAUGUCGUUGACGCAAAAGGUCUUUAUUCUCAGCAUCAUCACUAAUUACCUGCCAAUUCUGCUUACAGCAUUCAUAUACGUCCCUUUUGGAGACGUCCUCAUUCCUCAGGUUAAGCAGUCACUGGUGCAAUUAUUUCCACAAUUCGGCUCGAAAUUGGCAUUUCGUCCCUUUGCCUCUGACACCGACAGACUCCGCAACGAAGUCAUUGCGCUCACUGUUACUGGGCAAUUGUCCGAUUUUUUCGAAGAGAAUAUCCUACCACUCAUAAAAUACAAGUUUAGUGACUGGUACCGCGAGUAUCGCCGAGCUUACUCCAAGGAUACCAUGCUCCUGACACUGGUCUCGGAUGAUCCUGGCGAAUCUGAAUUUUUGAAGCGUGUUCGAAAUCAAGCAACACGUUCGCAGUAUAAUGUGCAAGAGGACGUUGCGGAACUUGUUCUUCAAUUCGGUUACCUGGCGCUGUUUUCACCUGUUUGGCCACUUAUAUCCAUGGGGUUCCUUAUCAAUAACUGGAUUGAGCUUCGUUCCGACUUUGCCAAAAUUUGCAUUGAGCAUCAAAGGCCGGCACCCACGCGCUCCGACGGAAUCGGACCAUGGGUGACGGCACUGGAGACAUUGACGUUAUUAGGAAGUAUAUCCACGGCGGCAAUUGUUCAUCUUUUCGGAUCUGAUACCAUUGGCGGGGGCGGCUGGGCUACCCUGCCCAUUUCAAUAUUUGUCAGUGAACAUUUGCUUCUCUUACUGAGGGCAUUGACGAGAUGGAUCUUUGAACGGUAUGGGUCGGAGCAGAUUCGUAAAGAGCGCAGUGAAAGAUAUGCCCGCCGUUUGCACUACCUUGAGGAGAUUGAAGCGAACAAGCGAGCCGGUGUGAAUCUCAGUCAUGCCGAAAGAGAGCGGCGAAAAUCCGUACUCGUGGCUAGCUGUGACAGCUUCUGGACGAAGCAGAUGGAGGAGGGAACCAGUGCCGCGGCUGGAUUGCGCCUCAUUAAUCUCGCGAGACAAUGGAAGAAGAGCCAGGGCAACGGAGAAAAGCUGGAUUAG